CAUCGAUCUUCGACGAGCCUGCACCCCACAUAUACGUCCACUUCUUCAUAGUGUUCGGUAAACACGUACCGGACAGUCUUGCGACUCGAAAAUCUGCGCUCAUCGAAACUCGCCGCGACCGCCGACGCGCCUGCCGAACUUUGCACGAGAUUCGUCCAACGCUUUCCUUUCGAUCUUACCACGCGCACGACUCGCAAAACCACACGAAUCACUCUCAGGGAUCACGAAUUGAACUGCCAAAAUGACGAGCACAAUCGGUAUCCCAAUCAAACUUCUCAAUGAAGCUGCUGGCCACAUCGUCACACUCGAGAUCACUUCUGGCGAGGUAUACCGCGGCAAGCUUAUUGAAGCUGAGGACAACAUGAACGUGCAGCUCAAGGACAUUACCGUGACCGCACGCGACGGCCGUGUAUCGCAUCUCGAGCAGGUGUACAUCAGAGGCAGCCACGUACGAUACUUCAUCGUUCCAGAUAUGCUGAGGAACGCACCUAUGUUCCGAUCAAGAGGCACACGAGGCCGUGGUGUCGGUCUUGCACGUGGUCGCGCUACAGUCAUCAGGGCGAGGGCCAGCGGAGGACGAGGUGGACGGCCUUGAGGGGAUUGAGUUGUUGAGCAUGAAGACAUGAGCAAAAGCCAGAAAGGACAUACCCCACGCGAAGAGCGUGCGCAAGGAGGAGCAGGACAGGUAUGAGGUCUGUUCUGCCUGAUCAGGAAAAUGCGCUGAACAAACAAGUAGCAAGUCCUUCGAAAAGGUUGGACCAGUUGAGGAAUGAGAUAUUGGCUAUGUUACGACCGAAGUUGCGAGCAUCGUGCAACGGCUACGAGACGCUAUUGUGAGACUAACACCAGACAUCUGCAUUCGGCUGGAACCACGAUCGACUGUGUUCUACAAGACGGCCAUGCUCACACAUGCUAGUGGGGUGAUUAAGUACCCCCACAAUUGCACCUCCGAAACUCCGCAACUUUGCGACCAUACAUCCACAACGCGCC